GUUUUUCUUCCAACGAAGAAGAGUUUGCGCAACUUCCUGUGGGUGACGUGCUCGCGCACGGCCGAACUGCACGUUGACAUUGGGAUAGUAACCUGCCAGGACUGACAUCUGACACAGAAUAAAAUGGGUGCAUCCAUGUCCACACCUGCUGCUCCCACAGUGAGAGCAGAGGCCAUGGUAGCUGUACCUCCUCAGGGCUGCCCCAUGCACCAAGAGGCUCAGCCCGUCAAAGUGUCUCCACCUGCAGAGUGUCCCAUGCAUCAAGCUCAGCAGCCGGUUAGAGUAUCACCACCUUCAGAAUGUCCCAUGCAUCAAGCUCAGCCUGUUAUAGUGUCUCCUCCAUCAGAGUGUCCCAUGCACCAGGCACCAGCCGGUCCGGCCCAUCAGGACCGGGCCUACGAGUUUGUCGAGUGUCCAAUGAAAGGUGCAGCAGCCAGUGACAUUGACCCGGCAAACAUGAUGCCUCCUCCAAACCAAACGCCGGCUCCAGACCAGCCUUUCACCCUGUCCCUGACAAGAGAGGAGUCCACCAUCCCCCGCCACGGCACAGAGAAGAACUGGGUUUACCCGUCUGAACAGAUGUUCUGGAACGCCAUGCUGCGGAAGGGGUGGCGCUGGCGGGACGAUGACCUGGGUUCUGAAGAUAUGUCCAACAUCAUCAAAAUCCACAACAGGAACAACGAGCAGGCCUGGGAAGAGAUCCUGAAAUGGGAGGCUCUGCAUGCACAGGAGUGUCCCUGUGGACCCACCCUGAAGAGGUUUGGGGGCAAAGCCAAAGAGUACUCCCCCAGAGCUCGCUUCCGCCACUGGAUGGGAUAUGAGCUCCCUUUUGACCGUCACGACUGGAUCGUGGACCGCUGCGGAAAGGAGGUGCGCUAUGUCAUCGACUACUACGACGGAGAAAUCAACACGCAGAACUACCAGUUUUCCAUCCUGGACGUGCGUCCAGCCUUCGACUCUUUAGGAGCCGUGUGGGACCGGAUGAAGGUGGCCUGGUGGCGCUGGACCUCCUAAAGGACUAAAGACAA